ACCUGCCAGCCCUUUCUUGGCCUGAGGCAAACUUCUUCCAGAAGUUGAUUGAGUCUUUUUUUGAACCAUGAAGAGGGUCUUCUGUUUUUUGUGUGUGACACUGGGCCUUGGAGCCUAUGACUGUCUCUUAGAGAUGAUUUUGGGGUCCCUCUUAGUAACCUUUGAGAAGAAUUCCCUCGGUAGAGCUAACGAUAUAUUCUGGUUAAUGAGAUCAUGAUUCUGGAAGGAAGUGGUGUAAUGAAUCUCAACCCCAGCAACAACCUCCUCCACCAGCCGCCGGCCUGGACAGACAGCUACCCCACGUGCAAUGUUUCCAGCGGGUUUUUUGGAGGCCAGUGGCAUGAAAUCCAUCCUCAGUACUGGACCAAGUACCAGGUGUGGGAGUGGCUCCAGCACCUCCUGGACACCAACCAGCUGGAUGCCAGCUGCAUCCCUUUCCAGGAGUUUGACAUCAAUGGCGAACACCUCUGCAGCAUGAGUCUGCAGGAGUUCACCCGGGCGGCGGGGACGGCGGGGCAGCUCCUCUACAGCAACUUGCAGCAUCUCAAGUGGAACGGCCAGUGCAGCAGUGACCUGUUCCAGUCUACACACAACGUCAUUGUCAAGACCGAACAAACCGACCCUACCAUCAUGAACUCCUGGAAAGAAGAAAACUAUUUAUUCGACCCCAACUAUGGUAGCACAGUAGAUUUGUUGGACAGCAAAACUUUCUGCCGGGCCCAGAUCUCCAUGACAACUACUGGUCACCUUCCCGUUGCAGAGUCACCUGAUAUGAAAAAGGAGCAAGACCACCCUACAAAGUCCCACACCAAAAAGCACAAUCCUCGAGGGACUCACUUAUGGGAAUUCAUUCGAGACAUUCUCCUGAACCCAGACAAGAAUCCGGGGUUAAUCAAGUGGGAAGACCGGUCUGAGGGCAUCUUCAGGUUCUUGAAAUCAGAGGCCGUGGCACAGCUCUGGGGGAAAAAGAAAAACAACAGCAGCAUGACCUACGAAAAACUCAGCCGAGCCAUGAGAUAUUACUACAAAAGAGAGAUUCUGGAACGUGUGGAUGGAAGAAGACUGGUAUAUAAAUUUGGGAAGAAUGCACGUGGAUGGAGGGAAAAUGAAAACUGAAGCUGGUAACACCUCGAACACAAACCCACCCCAAGUGACAACCAAUCAAGAAGUCCUCAGACAUAAAUAUUUCAAAGACUACUUUUCUCUGAUAUUUAUGUACUUUGAGGGGAAAAUGAAACCACAUCUACUUCUAAAGGGAAGAAGGAACAGGACCGUUGAUAAAAUUAUCUUGUUACUUUUGAAGUAUGUCCUAUAUGGGGAACAAACGUACACAGUAUUCUGUGACAUAUGAUGCUCUAUGUGGUUUGUGAUUUGUCGUUGCCUGCAUUGUGAAGUUCUUUUCCGCUGCAAGAAGAACCGAGUUUGUAGCCUUGUGCUUCUUGCUAAGAGAAAGGAAAAAAAAAAAAAUCAGAGGGCAUUAAAUGUUUUUGUAUGCAGAAUGAUUUAGGAAAAGGAGAUGUGUCCCCCCCACAGAAGCAUCCAUCCACGUGGCCUUUUCAAGAGAGGUGAGCAUGGUUGCCAGGAUGAACAUCGGGGUCUCAGCUUGAUGAGCUGAACCAGGAGGAUGCUGGGAAGUUUAACCUGACCUUCAGGAGCCUGUGAGUGGAGAAGAAGGACUUCCAAAACCCCGGGUGGACUAUAAUCACUGCAUAAUCCCAUGGCUUUCAUGUUUAAAUCAGCGAGAAGAAAAAUGGUGGAGGGGCUUUAUACUCGUUCAGGAAUGAUUUACCUGGUGCUAAGGCUCUCUUCCCUCCUCCCCCUUGGAGGAUGGGUGAAAAACAUCAGUUGCCACCUCUGCUCACUGUUAGUAAUUUAAGAGAAGGUCCAGCCUUGGUUAUUUUUACCCCAGUUGCUUGCUUUGCUCUGGUACUCCCAAGGUCCAUGGUUUCUCAAUUGGCACAGCUGACACUUUGGCUGUCUUAUUCUUUGCUGUAUGUUAUUUGGCUGCCCUGCGUGUUGUGGGAUGUUCAACAGCAUCCAUGACCUCUAUCUACGAGAUGUCAAUAGCACGCUGGUCCCCGAAAUUGUGACAAUAAAAUUAUCUCCAGACAUUG